UUUUCCUUUUAGAAUUCAUGAUGGCUGACGAACCAACCGAGGAAGGAACAGACAUUUUUAUGCUCAGAGGCGUUCCAUUUGCCAGAUAUUUUAAAAAAGAGAUCAUAGAAGGUAUUAUGGAUUUCAUGUCAGCGGAUGACGACAUCAUCAUAGCCACUUAUCCUAAGACGGGCACGACGUGGAUGCAGUACAUCGUCCUGCAAAUAAUUACGAGAUCGGAAAGCUUUCCGUCUUUCAAUGACAUGCUGGAGAAAGUCGUCCCCUUCCUCGGAAUAUCUGGUGUUUCAGCAGUUGAAGCAAUGACUACAAAACCUCGCGUUUACAUGCACCACUUGCCAUACAGCGUUGUCAAGAAAAAUCCAAAGACUAAAAUAAUUUAUGUUUAUCGCAAACCUGAUGAUACGCUGGUAUCUUUUUACCAUAUGACGAAAAGUUUGAACGAAAAGCUUGAUUUUGACGAGCACUUCAACAAUUUCGUGAAUGGCACCAUCUCGUGCGGGCGAUAUUUCGAACACAUUUUGUCCUAUUUGGAACACGAGGAAGAUGGGAACAUUUUGUUUGUUUCGUAUGAGGAGUUGCAAAUUCACAGGAAGGAAGAAAUACUGCGAAUCGCUAAGUUUUUGGGUGAAGAUCAUCACGAUGCAUUAAUUAACGAUGAGUCGAUUUUGAAUAAAAUAAUUGAAAAAACUAGUUUUGAUUACAUGAAGAAAAAUUUGAAAUUUUCUGUCCCCAAAGAUCCGAAAGAAGAUUUAUUUUCCAAGAAAGACGUUCCUAAAAAAGACAUGAAUUUCUUCAGGAAAGGCAUCAUUGGGGAUGGAAGGAACGCUUUGACAAAAGAACAACUUGAUCAACUCAAAACUGUUGCUCAAAAAGUGAUGAAAGGAACUGCGAUACUGGAAGAAUGGUAUAACCAUUAAAUUUAAAGUGAAUUGUUAAAAAAAAACAAUGUAUUUAACAUUUUUUUUCACGAUUUUUGUGUAAUAAUGUUGAAUUUCACUUAAUAUUGAAAAAACUAGAAGUGUUUAAACUGUUUAGAAAAAUAAGCGACGAUAUUUAUAGGUGUGAGAUAAGGACUGGAUGUUAUGAGGCAGAAUUGGGAACUUUGCUACUGGCUAGUAAGCCAGUUGUAGCAAUUUUUACAGUGGCUACUCUUAAAAACAUGUGUUGAAAAUAAUAAACGAUUUUGUUAAAAAAAAAAAAAAAACUGUUAAUAUUAAUUAUGCAAGGGAUUUCUAUUGAA